AUGGUCCAUUAUGGAAAACAUAUUAUUGAUCCGCAAACUGGUUUAUGUGAAAUUUGCGAUCGUGGUGCCAUACAUCAAUUUCGGCAAUCAAAACAGGGAAAACAAUUUUUAUAUUCAAAUCAAGAUGGGAAAUUUACUUAUCGUCCUAACGAUGAUGAAAUACAGUAUAAAGAUGAAACAACACCACGUCAUGUUCGUAAACCUCUUUAUCCUGAACCACCACCGCCACGACCACGCCCAGUAGUUCAUGAAAAACCAAUAGUUCAUGAAAAACCAGUAGUUAUUCAAAGAAGAGUUGUUCGACGUGAUCAUUCACCAUUGGAUGAUAUUCAUCAUCAUCCUACUGCUCAUCCAGCAACACUUUAUUACGUUGAUAAUACAGGUCAGAUGGCUCCUCGACAUCAGGCUCAACCAGAUGAACCAGAUCGACGUUAUCUUGUUCAAAAUCAUCAUUCACCACCAACAAAACCAGCUCACGUGGAACACCGACGUGCGCAAACACCACCGCCGCCAGCAAGUGACUCUUGGCGUUCACCGCCAAGACGACAAAAUAAUUCUGAUACACGAAUUAUUGAACGACAACACAGAGAAGGACCAAAUGAUACUUAUUAUCAUCAAUCACCAAGAAGAGCUGAAAUGUAUUUUGUUGACGCACCUCAUAAUAACAAUCAAUUUUCAACAUUACGUCCUUUUGUUCAUCAGUCAAAUAUUGAUAAUACUCCAUCACCUCGCAUUGUUCGUCAAGAACCGAAUAGAAGACAUCAUCUUGAACCUAUUCAACGAGUACAUCACGCUGAAAUUGAACCAGGUUCUACAAGAAGAGCUAAUAAAAAAAUAUCACCAAGACAUGAACCUCAACAAGAAGAAUACAUUCCAAAUGGUAAUCAUGUACGACCUGUGCGAAAAAUUGAAAAAAUUUAUCCAACACCAAGACAGUAUGAAUCAUCACCACAAUUGACCAAUAGACAGAUGCGAAGUACUUUAUCAAAUAAAAAUCCAUCUAUUUAUUAUAUUCAAUCCGUUAAUGGAUAUUAA